AUGGCUGGUAAUGUUUCGAAUCAGCAGCCACAUGUUCUCAGUCACGAAAGCGAUAGUUGGAAGAAAACCUUACGACUACCUCCUAAAGACAAUCGACCACAGACCGAGGACGUAACGGCCACAAAAGGUAACGAAUUCGAAGAUUAUUUUCUGAAGCGUGAACUACUGAUGGGUAUAUUCGAGGCCGGAUUUGAACGCCCGUCACCUAUUCAAGAAGAAUCUAUACCCAUCGCCUUGACCGGUCGCGACAUUCUUGCAAGAGCAAAAAAUG